AUGAAGGCCUUCACUCUUGCCACAGUGGCCACAGCACUGCUUUCUAACCAAGCUGCUGCGGUCCCUACUCUCCACGAGGACUCCCCCAUUCCUCUCAACGCGUUCAAGCUCAACUCUCGCGACGGUCAUGAUCCCCAUUUCGGUAUCGACCCUGAGAUCAUCCGAAAGUACGCCUCGCAGGCUCCUCCUGCUAUAGGCAAGCGUGCCAUUGACUUCGACCCCAAGAAGCAACUCGUUGAUGUGCACGGGCAGCACGAGUUCAAGGCUCCCGACUGGGAGGCUGGUGAUGUUCGAGGACUUUGCCCUGGACUCAACACUCUCGCCAACCACAACUACCUUCCUCGCAACGGUGUUGCCACUUUCAGCCAAUAUGUCAACGCUGUUGGCAAGGUCUGGGGUAUGGCUCCUGACAUGGCUUCGCUCUUGACCACCCUUGGUGUCGUCCUCGGCGGAAACCUCUUUGCCGUCUCGCAGGGCGGCUGGUCCAAGCACAUGAACAACAAUCUGCUCGGCCUUCUCGGUACUCCUCGUGGUUUGAGUGGCUGCCAUCCUCUCUUCGAGGUUGAUGGUAGCCCUACUCGAGGUGAUCUCUACGACCCCAUUGGUGACAACAACAACAUGAACAUGUCAUACUUUAUGGACCUCUACAACCUCCAGAAGGAUGCCGAGGACCCCAACUACAGCAUCGAGGUUCUCUACGAGCACAACAAAAACCGCUGGCACCAGACCAUUGGCUUCAACCCAUUUGCUUGGUUCGGCCCUGCUAGUGGCUGGCUUGUGCGUGCCAGCCCUUAUUCUUUCACUGCUCGCCUUGUUGCCAACCGUUCCGCUGAGUACCCUGAUGAAGGUCGUCUUGACAAGGAGGCCCUCAAGGCCUUCUUCUCCGUCUAUGGACCUGAGGACAACAUGACCUACGUCGUUGGCCAUGAACGUAUUCCCGAGAACUUCUACCGCCGCCGCUACACUGACUACGGUAUCCACGCCAACGCCCUCGACAUUGUCACUCACAGCCACCCUGAGGUUCUGAGCAUUGGCGGCAACACCAACGGUGUCAACACCUUUGUUGGUAUCAAGAUCGAUGACCUUGCUGGUGGUAUUCUCAACGGCAAGAACCUUCUCCAGGGCAACAACCUCGUCUGCUUCGCUCUCAACGCUAUCAAGACUGGUGCCCCCAAUGCCCUCUCGUCUCUCUUCGCCACCUUGUCUUCUGUCACUGAUAUCCUCUUUGCUGCUCUUGAGCCUGUCAUGGGCGCUAUGGAUUGUCCUGUCUACGAUGAUCUCAGCGUCAACGGAACCAACUGGCUUGACUUCAACAAGGAGAUGUACCCUGGAUUCAAGAAGGCUGGCGCCGGCUGGUAA